CUCAUGGCUUCGGUUAACUGCACCAGCAACACAUUUCUUUCAUUUGGAGAAAUAGCCUACAAGCGCCUCUAGGUUGGCGAAUUCGCAGAAAAGUCUUUCGUGGAAAACAGGGUACUGCCUUGUGUUUGGAAUGCCUGAGGGUGGCGCUUAAAUAGAGAUUUCUGGCAAGCAGUUCCAAGGAGAAAUCCUCAAACAGGUUUAGGGCGCGCUGAGGCUAAGAGCUGACGCAGGCUGAUAUUUGUCCGAACAUUAUGUUUAGACAACUCAAAUGUCUCGAAUAAGUAACCUACGGUAUAAUUCUUAGAAUAUUUUGCAUGGUCUCUUCUUCUCUGGACACCAUCAUCCCGAUAGCACAUCGAACGAACUGAACUGGAAGGUUGCCAAAGAGGAGGAGGCCUUCAUGUCACAACUUCUGGACAGAGCCCAGCAUUAUUUGGCCUAAGACGGAUGUCAUGUUCUGCUGUGGCCUGUUUACUCGGGAUUCUGACAUGGCAACUAUCCAAGUACUUCUCAUUGGUUUUCUUGUCCUUGUUCAUGAUGUGGCAAUGAAGGGGUUUCCCCCGAAUUUGAAAGAGCAGUCUCAAAGGCCUCACUUGACUGGUUGUGUUUCAAGAGAAAUGGAAUCAUUCUACUGCUCUUGGAGUGUUGGAACAUUCCAGAACCUCACAGAGCCUGGAGACCUCAGGCUCUUUUACACAUACAGUAUCUUACAAAACAUGUCUUCCAGAGAAUGGAAGGAAUGCCCUAAAUACACCUUGCUGAGAGAAAAUGAGUGUUACUUUGACAAACGCCACACACAAGUAUGGGUGGCUUACAAAAUCGAACUACGCUCGCGUGAUCAGUCCAUUAUCUAUGAUGAAGACCAGUUCACAGUGGAGACUAUUGGUGAGCCAUGA